GGCACUGGACAACAACUUCCUGUGAGGGGGGAAGCAAAGGAAGCAGUUUAUAAAUCUCCUCACUCGCUAAGGAAUGCAAUCCAGGAUGCCUGCAAAAAUAUUCUUUUGCCAGCUGGCACUUUUGGUCAUUCUGAUCCAGGUUACACCAGGAAUAUCUGAGGAGCAGAAACAGUGUGAGGCUGGAUUCAGUGAGCCACGCUACGCAUUUUCGGUGAUGAGAAAAGUACUAGAAAGGGGAAGAAUCCUAGGAAAAGUGAGAUUUGAUUCUUGUUCUGGAAGUUCUCGUUCCCUGUAUUCACCUGAAGACACACGAUUCCGUGUGCUCCCUGAUGGGACAGUGUCUGUGAAGAGGCAGCUUACCCUCCAUACUGGCUCAGUCAGCUUUGUGCUUAACACAUGGGAUAAUGCAGGCAAGAAGCACUCUGUGCCUGUGUUUAUCUGGAAUGAGAGGGAACAGCAGUAAGGACCAGAAGGAGACCAGGCUUAACCAGUGAAGUAUAUGGAAUCCAGAGGACAGCCAGUUGAUGAGAGCAGAAAUAUAGAGGGCACGUUUGAAUGGAUGUUUUAAUCAGGGCUUUGCUCUUUUGGGGACUAAUACUGGAAACAAUACAAUAUUAAAAUCUUAAUCAGAUCAAAAUUA